AAUAGCCCAUAGUAGUAGAUAAGACUAGAAAACUUGUUCGGGCUCUGCAAGCGACGAUCAGUCUCCAGUCUCACAGGCACCACAUCGACAACUGCCUCUGCAAUCGACAAAGACAACGAGGGACGGAUUAGUCCAGGACGAUUUCCGAACGGAUCCAGCCCGCCACCGCGCCAAGCCUGCACGCCGCCACGCCUCCAGUCCGCUCACUCAGCUGAACCGCUCGGCGCUCGCACUCCGCCCAUCGCUGGCUUAAGUGUUGAACCAGGACAAAUGGCAGGAAAGGCGGUGAAAUCUGUAGCAAAAGCAGUUUCGGAGUACCAAUACCCAUUGCAAGAGAAGAUGAUGAAGUACAAGAAUGAACUGUCAAAGGGUGUGUGGGGUUAUUGGGAACUUGGGGCCUGGAAACCGUUAGGCAUAAGUGCUCGUAGGCGGGCCCGGCUCCGCAAAGAAGUUCUUCUUGCUGGGCAGGAUUGGACGUAUGAUCCAGAAAGGAAGGAAAUGAGGAAGAAGCAGAAAGGGCAUAAAUGUGACAGAAUUGCAGCGGAGAAGCGGGCAAAGACAGCUGAACUAAUGCAGCAAAUGCCAGCGAUGUUGGCUGAUUAUAGGAAGAGGCGAUGGGAGAGGAAGAUUAAAGCUGAUGAGGAUGCCGCUAGGAAAGCCGUGCAAGAGUAAGCUCAGACCAUUUCAGGACAUAGAUGAACGGAUGAUUUAUAAACCUAAAUAAUGUGUUUGCCAACCCUACCAUGUUUGCAUUGUUUUAUGGUCACACUUACGGUUAGAUGCUUGGUGAAGGCCUGUUUUGGAAACUCUUGAUUUACUAACAGCACUAGAUCACUUGUCCAAGUAAAAGUUACUAUCAAUGUAAGCCCUCAAAAUUGAAGAGUACCAUGGGGAUAUUAAAUGGUUGUUUGUGUUUGGCUGUAUGCUUCUAUUUUGAGAAUAGUUUAUUUUAGAAAUUA